UCAGGUGUGUUUCUCUUUUGACAUAUUGAGAAAACGAAGCAGCUUGGAAACGACACAACCUGCCAGGUGGGAAAAGGGAGGCUGAUAAAACUCUAAAUGGUCUUUCCCAACGUCGUCCCCUCCUUCCCUUCUGUGUGGUAUCGUCGGGGUACUUCGGCCUCUGCCGCUCGCGGGCCCCGUGUUGCUGUCGGGGGACACCAAGACUUCCCACCCACCCCCCAGCCUCGGAGAGGGAGGAGCCGCCAUGGACAGGACCGCGGUGGCCAAAAUGGGAGCGGUGGCCAGCGCCAGCGUGUGCGCCCUGGUGGGGGGAGUCGUCCUGGCCCAGUACAUCUUCACCAUGAAGAAGAAGACGGGCAGGAAGACCAAGAUCAUCGAGAUGCCUGUAUGCAAGCCCUGCAUCUCUGGACGUUGCUUACCACCUAUGCUGUUGCAGUAGGACAAAAUCAAGGACAGAAGAAUCAAGAGUGCCCUAAGCUCAACGCACAGAUGCCAGAAUUUCAGAAGAAGACUGUCCAUAUCAAGGACCCAGGAAGAGUAGAAGAAAUCAUCUGUGGACUCAUCAAAGGUGGAGCUGCCAAACUUCAGAUCAUUACAGAUUUUGAUAUGACAUUAAGUAGAUUUUCUUACAAUGGAAAAAGAUGUCCAACAUGUCACAAUGUCAUUGAUAACUGUAAGCUCAUCACAGAAGAAUGUCGGAAAAAGUUAUUGCAGCUGAAAGAAACAUAUUAUGCUAUUGAAAUUGACCCUGAUCUUACCAUUGAAGAAAAAUAUCCUUACAUGGUUGAAUGGUACAAUAAAUCACAUACUUUACUUGUUGAACAAGGUUUACAAAAGGAUAAAUUUGCAGAGAUCGUGAGGGAAUCUGAUGUUAUGCUGAAGGAAGGAUAUGAGAACUUCUUUGAUAAGCUCAAUGAACAUAAUAUUCCUGUGUUCAUAUUUUCUGCUGGGAUUGGAGACAUUCUAGAGGAAGUCAUCCAUCAGGCUGGUGUCUACCAUUCUAAUGUCAAAGUAGUUUCCAAUUUCAUGGAUUUUGAUGAGAGUGGUGUGUUAAAGGGAUUUAAAGGAGAAUUGAUUCAUGUUUAUAACAAACAUGAUGGUGCCUUGAAGAACACAGAGUACUUCAAACAGUUAAAAGACAACAGCAACAUCAUAUUGCUUGGAGAUUCACAGGGAGACUUAACUAUGGCAGAUGGAGUAGCAAAUGUUGAACACAUUCUUAAGAUUGGCUAUCUAAAUGAUAAAGUAGAAGAGCUUCUGGAAAAAUACAUGGACUCUUAUGAUAUUGUUUUGGUGAAAGAUGAAUCUUUGGAUGUGGCCAAUUCCAUCCUACAGAAAAUCCUGUAAAUUGCAUCCUCAAGUCAUUCUACUUCUCCUAAUGGACAGAAGAGCACAUUUGUGUUAUCUUAGAGAUGUGUUUAUUAUUCAUAUUGUUUUCUGAACUCUUGUAAUUCUUAAUUUAAAAAUUUUGAUCAUCACUUUGGUAUCUAAAAGUAAUAUCCAGCAUCCAUUGUCAACUGGAAGCUUUACUGUUCUUAUGCCACCCCUCACUGUCUCUCACCUCUGCUCUGUUUUAACAAAUGUGAUUAACUUUACUGCUUAGAGGACAUUACAAUUUGUUCUUUUAAUCAUGCAUAUGAGAGGGGUGUUUUAGAAAUUGGAGUUAUUUUGUAACAUUUAAGAUGUAAACAUUCUGUGAUUAGCUAAUGUGCAGGGGUCUGUGUUGCAUUUUGUACAGUCCUGAGUUGUCUCUCACACAGACAGCUAUUUUCAAGAAUCAUAGUUGCACGGGAGGGUAGUGGUGUUAUUUUAAAUGUUUCACAAUACAAGUUUUCAUAAUUUUUUUUCCCCUGGUGAAAAUGAUACAACAUAAAGAUGUGAUUCAGACAAAAUGUUACUGUA